AUUACUUUGUACAGAAAUCUUGUGAGACCACUUUACAAAUAGGACAAUGAUUGUACAAAGAGUGGUGUUAAAUUCCAGACCUGGGAAAAAUGGCAAUCCAGUAGCAGAGAAUUUCCGCACAGAAGAAGUCACAUUGCCAGAUGAUGUCACAGAAGGACAAGUAAAGAUUAGAACUCUUUAUCUUUCCGUGGAUCCUUAUAUGCGUUGUAGAAUGAAUGAAGACACUGGCAGUGAUUAUUUAACACCAUGGCAGCUUUCUCAAGUGGUUGAAGGUGGCGGUGUUGGAAUUAUAGAAGAAAGUAAACAUACAAAUUUUACUAAAGGUGAUUUUGUGACUUCUUUCCAUUGGCCCUGGCAAACCAAGGUUAUUCUGGAUGGAAGUGUCCUUGAAAAGGUGGACCCUCAGCUUGUGGAUGGACACCUUUCUUACUUUCUUGGAGCUAUAGGUAUGCCUGGCUUAACUUCCUUGAUUGGGAUACAAGAAAAAGGCCAUGUAACUGCAGGAUCCAAUCAGACAAUGGUUGUCAGUGGUGCUGCUGGUGCUUGUGGGUCUUUGGCUGGACAGAUUGGCCAUUUGCUUGGCUGUUCCAAUGUGGUGGGAAUUUGUGGGACGCAAGAGAAGUGCCUCUUUUUGACCUCAGAACUGGGCUUUGAUGGUGCAAUUAAUUAUAAAAAGGGGGCUGUGAGUGAACAACUACGAGAAUUGUGCCCCACUGGAGUGGAUGUUUACUUUGACAAUGUUGGUGGUGACAUCACUGAUGCUGUGAUAAGUCAGAUGAAUCCCAAUAGCCACAUCAUACUGUGUGGUCAAAUUUCUCAGUAUAACAAGGAUGUGCCUUACCCUCCACCACUGCCCCCUGCUAUAGAAGCCAUCCGGGAAAAAAACAACAUCACAAGGGAAAGAUUUAUGGUGUUAAAUUAUAAAGACAAAUUUGAACCUGGCAUUCUACAGCUGAGCAAGUGGUUUAAGGAAGGAAAACUCAAGAUCAAAGAGACUGUGAUCAAUGGAUUGGAAAACAUGGGAGCUGCAUUCCAGUCCAUGAUGACAGGAGGUAACAUCGGAAAGCAGAUAGUGUGCAUUUCAGAAGAAAUCACUUUGUAAUGUCUAGAAGACUAGUUACCAAGGAAAUCACAGAGAUUUUUCUCCAUUUUAUACAAAGAUUUUUUUCAAGAUACUUUGUUUUAAAAACUUCUUAGACUAUAGAUAACUUUUAGUUUAAAGGUGACCAUAGG